UGGCACACGGUCAAGGCUUGUGUGUGCAAAACAACUGCUUUUACUUGUCCUGUUACAGUGGAAAUGAUCGGACGUACCUCAGUACAUUUCACAGUAAUAUAAUUACAUAUAACAACAAUUGAAAAUAUGAUAGAAAUAAGACUGUCUAUUUUAAUAUUAGUUGUGGUAUCAUUCUUCAAUGCACUGGAUGCGGAUCUUGACGAUGAUUAUAUUACUAUAGAAAGUUAUGAUAACAAUGAAAUUGAAUCUAAGGCUGAAUUCAUCCAUCCAAGGAAAGGAAGAAUACUUUGGCCCUAUCCUGCAAACUAUAUACCGGAAGAUGAUAAUAAUGAGAAAAAUAAUUCUAGUCAGUCUAAAGGAGAAGAUAAUAAAAAUCGAGAGGAGCGUUUUUUGAAAUUUUCAUAUCCUCAAAGCCCUAUCGUGGACCUGAUGAUGCAGACGGUGGGGGUAAAUUACUCUCCGAACACAAACGACCCCUUCGAUUUUUUGAGGGACUCCUAUCCAUUACCUAAAGGCUACAGCCAGCCGUUAGAAGAAUAUGAUUAUGUAAUAGUGGGAGCCGGUACAGCCGGUUCAGUUCUCGCUUCUCGCCUAACUGAAGACAAACCCAGAGCUACGGUACUUGUUAUUGAAGCAGGCAAGCCCGAAAUGCUGCUAUCCGACAUUCCAGCAUUGACGUAUUAUUUACAACGCACAGAUUACACAUGGCAAUAUUCCAUGGAACACCAGCCUGGAGUUUGUAUGGGUAGUGAAGAACAGCGGUGUUUCUGGCCACGUGGUAAGGCUGUAGGCGGUACUAGUGUUACUAACCUAAUGUUAUACACUCGAGGACGACCGCAAGAUUGGGACAGAAUCGCAGCAGAUGGAAAUUAUGGAUGGUCAUAUAACGAUGUUUUACAUUACUACAAGAAAUCUGAAAGAACUGAAUUGAAAAAGUAUAAAAAUGCUGAAUACCGUGGCCGAGAAGGUGAACUCACUGUUGAAAAUAUUCCAUUUAAAACUGGGCUUGUAGAAGCAUUUCUACAAUCUGGACGUAAUUUUGGUCACCCUACAGUAGAUUACAAUGCUCCUGAUCAAUUUGGAUUCGGAUAUGCACAAAUAACUACUAAUAAGGGCCAUAGAUUAAGUUCUGCAAAAGCAUUCCUUCAUCCACAUAAGCGAAGAAGAAAUUUACACAUACUUACAGAAACUAGAGCUACAAAGGUUUUGAUUGAACCUCAAACCAAGAGAGCCUAUGCUGUAGAAUAUAAUCGUAAUGGUAUUAAGUAUACGGCACGUUGUCGAAGAGAAGUUAUCUUGUCUGCGGGACCUAUAGCCUCACCACAAUUAUUAAUGUUAUCUGGUGUGGGACCUAAAGAACAUUUGGAAACCUUAGGUAUACCAGUUAUUGCUGAUUUAAAGGUUGGAAGGACUCUCUAUGAUCACAUUGCAUUCCCAGGAGUAGUUUUUAAAUUAAAUAGUACAAAUGCUAGUCUUUUAGAACCAAAAGUCGCUACUUUACCAAAUUUAAUGCAGUGGCUUCAAUUUGGUGAUGGACUUUUAACCACCCCUGGUCUAGUUGAAGCUUUGGGUUAUAUAAAAACUUCACAAUCUGAAGAUCCAGAUCUUGUUCCGGAUAUUGAAUUAAUAAGUUUGGGGGGUUCUUUAACUUCAGAUGCUGGAGGGGCCACAAGAAAAGCCUGGAAAAUUUCUGAUAAGACUUAUUAUAAUGCUUUCGGAUCUUUAAGUGGAUCUGAUACAUGGUCGGCUGUUCCUGUACUUUUACAACCAAAAUCUAAGGGGUAUCUUGAACUUAGGGACAACAAUCCAUACUCUUAUCCCAAAUUAUAUGGUAAUUAUUUAACAGAUCCAAAAGAUUUGGCAACCUUGAAAGAAGCUAUUAAGUAUAUUAUUAAUCUAGGAGAAUCUGAUGCUUUUAAGAAAUAUGCCCCUAAGUUGCAUUUGGCUGAGUAUCCAACAUGUAAAAUUCAUGCACCAGGAUCUGAUUCAUAUUGGGAAUGUGCUGUAAGGACUAUGUUGAUUUCAGUCCAUCAUCAAAUAGCAACAUGUAAAAUGGGACCAGCACAUGACCCCGAUGCCAUUGUAGAUCCUGAACUAAGGGUAUACGGAAUAAGUGGAUUAAGAAUUGUAGAUUCUAGUAUUAUUCCUAGGCCAACUAGUGCACAUACUAAUGCACCUGCACUCAUGAUAGGAGAAAAGGGAGCAGACUUAAUUAAACAAUCGUGGUUGAACGUAGUUUAAUAAUGAAUUUAUUGUAUACAACUACGUUAAUUUACUAUAGACAAUAAAAUAUUUAACUAUUAAGUAUAAUAUACUAUAAUGAAUUAUGAUAAGACCCUAAUUAUUAGGUAAAUUCAAUGUUUUAUUGAAGAAUUUUAAUUAUGUAUAACGAUCACUUACUUUGAUUUUUAUAACAUGGUUUGUGAAAAAAAUAUUCUAUAAAUUGGAAAGCAAACAUACGUACCAAAGUAGCAAAGAGUGAAUAGAAUUUUAACAAUAUAAGUGAUAAGUGUCGGUGUGCACACGUUUCUUUAUAUUAUUAUUGUAUUUUUUCUUUGUCCUAUUCUAUUUCUACAAUACAGUCUUGCCCAACAGUGACCAUCGUUUUUCUUUACUUAAAAUUAUAUACGUCCUUAGAAAUCUUUCGGUAAAGUUGGAAUAUCACAGAAAUUGGAAUGAUUGAUAAAUUAGUGUGUUACUUAUCUAUACGAAAUCUUGUAGAUGUUGAACAAAUCUUUUAAAUUAAUUGGGUAGCCCCAACAGCAACGCUUGCGAGGAUUUAAUUGAACAUUACAAGGACAGUUAAUUUCAGGCUUCCAUACUAAUUUUGUCUAAAAACGAAUUUCGUUCCAGCUAAUUACAAAAACUUAUUUUUAAAUUACAUAGAGGAUUUU